AUGGGAAAAACAUUUAUUCAUGCUUCGAGAAUAAGACAUGCAGCACGCAAAAAAAAGCGCCAUUCCAAGUUUAAAACUCUCAUAAAGUUACUGGACAAUAAUGCCUACAAGAUAGAAUCAUCAAAACCGUUAAAAAAUGGUAAGCUUUUCAAAUAUUGGAAGAAUAGGCGUCGAUUGUUUUCAAAGAUAGAUUCCUCAUCAAUAUACAUGACUGAUGAACUAUGGUUCAGUGUAACGCCUGAAAGAAUUGCCCGUUUCUUGGCAAAUUUUGUUAAAGCAUGCAUGCCAAGUGCUGAAAGAAUAUUGGAUGUUUUCUGUGGUGGAGGUGGUAAUACCAUACAAUUUGCCAUGCAGUUCCCUUACGUAUAUGGGGUGGACUAUAGUAUUGAACACAUAUAUUGUACUGCGAAGAAUGCCCAAAGCUACGGUGUAGAUGAUAGAAUAUGGCUGAAGCGGGGUUCCUGGAAAAAACUAGUCUCUAAGCAGAAACUUUCAAAAAUAAAGUACGACUGUGUAUUUGGAUCACCCCCAUGGGGUGGGCCAGAGUACUUAAAAAAUGAUGUGUAUGAUUUAGAGCAGCAUCUAAAGCCCAUGGGGAUUACCAAGAUGUUGAAAAGCUUUCUUAAAUUAAGCCCUAAUGUAAUUAUGUUUUUACCAAGGAACUCUGACCUGAACCAGCUUUCUCGAGCUACGAGGAAAGUACUAGGCCCAUUUGCCAAAUGCAAAGUAUUAUAUGUCAAGGAAAAUGGUUAUAUGAAAGGAAUAUUUUGUAUGUGGGGAGAAUGCUUUUUUAACUAUGAACCAGCAAGUGCAGAAAAUAAUCAAGUGGAACCGUCUGGAAAUGAAGAGCCGAGUUCUGAAAACGAAGGGCUCUCGAGGGGAAAAAAGCAUGAGCCCACAAUAGUGAACAGAGAUAAUAGUGUAGAUAUUUACGACUUAAAUGGCUGA